CGGCCUGUUGGCGGCAGCAGUUUCCCGCCUCAGCCGCAGUUCGAGCAGCAGCAGAAGAAGAGUCAGACCGGAAACUAAACAGAGCGGCAGACCAGCGCGCGGCGGAACAACACUUUAGUCUACGAGGAAACUCAACAACAGCAAACAGCUGCAGGCUCAUGGAUCCUCCACCUGAACCCCUCACCUGGUUACCGCUGGUUACAGCAUGGAGCGCUCUGAUUGGACAGACACUUCACUGACUGAACCUCGGCCAGAUCUCCAGUCAGGAUGUCAGACUCCUCAGAUGAAGAUGAACCGAGGAAGGCGGAGAAUAGCAGCAGAAUGUGGGCGGAGUCACAGCCAGGUCCAUCCAGGUGUCAGCCAAGCAGACAGGGUUACUGUGGAUACUGCAGAGUCCUGUACAGUAACCUGGACCAGCACCUGUCCAGCCUCAAACACCUGGAUUCAGUCCGGUCGUCCUCCAGAGGCUCCAGCACCGUCUCCUCAGCCAGCAGCAGAAGCAAACUAACCCUGCUGGAGCGCUUCCUGCAGGACGUCAUGCAGCACCACCCGCACCGCUACAACGACCCCAGGCCGUCCCACGCUGACCUCCCAUCAGUCUCCGCCCCUCCGUUGCCGAGGGCGGAGCUUGAUGAACUCCGUUUCUCUGAUGACGACAGUCGGUCUCGAGGCACCCGGGAACACCUGCCCAGCUCUGAUGAUGCUUCCUGUCAGGGAGCCAAUCAGCAGCCAGACGACGGCAUCCUCAGCCAGUCAGGCGAGAGGGCGGAUAAGGAGAGACUGUCGGCACCAAUCACAGAGCAGGAGGAAGGAGGGAAACGCUUACCACAAGCACCUCCCCCAUGUUCACAAACCCCGCCUCCACAGUGUCAGGCUCCGCCCUCUGUCCACAGGAAAGCCCACAGGAAGACCAACAGGAGGAAAACCAGCGACUCCUCGGCCUCCUCACAGCCUCGCAGGGGUCCAGGUCCCAACCAGGACCCAAGGCUCCAGAUCCCCUCAGACCAGAGGGUCCAGACCCCCUCAGACCAGAGGGUCCAGACCCCCUCGGACUCGAGGCUCCAGACUCCAUCAGACCAGAGGCUCCAGACCCCCUCAGACCAGAGGGUCCAGACCCCAUCAGACCAGAGGGUCCAGACCCCCUCAGACUCGAGGCUCCAGACCUCCUCAGACCCGAUGCUCCAGACCCCCUUAGACCCAAGGCUCCAGACCUCCUCAGACUCAAGGCUCCAGACCCCCUUAGACCCAAGGCUUCAGACCCCCUCGGACCGGAGGCUCCAGACCCCCUCAGAUCCGAGGCUCCAGACUCCCUUAGACCGGAGGCUCCAGACCCCCUCGGACCGGACGCUCCAGACCCCCUUAGACCCAAGGCUCCAGGCCCCCUCAGACCCGAGGAUCCAGACUCCCUCAGACCCGAGGCUGUGGCUGAGCUGGCAAAAGCAGAGGAGGGAGGCUCAGAAGGAGGAGACAUUCUCCUCGGACCACAGCGACCUUCUGGACCAGACCAUCGAGGAGGUGAUCCAGGUGUUCUGUCACGGCAUCAGUUCCACUCCCUGCCAGCAGGAGGAGACGGAGAGCUUCCAUCUCAGCCUUCCUGUCUCCAUGGAAACACACAGUGAUGACUGGGACUCACCUGUGCAGGUGGUUUUCCAACGAGGUCACACACCUGGUGACGCACCUGUCCAGGUGGCUCACACCGAGGGGCAGGACCUGAGCCGUCUCAUGGACGUCCAGGUAGACCUGGAGGACCAGGUGUACUCGUACCAGCUGGACUCUGCGCUCCACAGCGACAGCCGACCCAGGGGCGGGGCCAGGCGGGACCCGGGGUUCUGGGGUCUGCCCAUCGAGGAGGUGCUGCCGGCCCCGGAGCGGAUCCCAGAGUCCUUCAGGGGGAAGAGCUGGGCACAGAUCGAGCAGGAGGACGAGGAGAAGGUGGACAGGCUGGUCCGGCAGUUCAGACGAGGACGCUUCCUCUGCUACUUCGACUCCGAGUCGCUGGCCAGGUACGGCAGGAGGGACAGGAAGGGGCGUGUCCAGUCCAAAGAGACGGAGCAAGACUCAGGUGUGCUGCCGCUGUUGGAGCAGGACAGUGAGUCUGUGUACGUGAGGAGAAGGAGGCGGGGCCGGAGGCGGAGCUGCAGACUGGCGUCCAGGUGUCAGGUGGUUAAAGUUAGUCACAGCACUCAGACCGUUCGAUUGGUCGUCCCAGCUGUCCAUCAGCUGACUGCAGAGGCCCCACCCAGCAACAUCCCUGCAGCCAAUCAGGAUGCAGCAGAGAGGACCCCUGAGGUGCAGGCGUGGCACUGCCUCCCCCCGUCGUACUACAACAUCAUCACACCUGUGCAGCCACGCACCUCCCUGGUCUACCUGCUCUGUUCCCCCUCAGGCCCUGCCCCUGCCUGCACACCUGCCCCAGGCUCUGCCCCCAAACGCUGCAGGAAGAGGAGGCGUCCGCUGGACCAGCAGAGGUUAAAGGUCAAAUACAAGCAGCUCCCGGUGCGAUUCUACGAGCCCGGAACCAACCGCAUCCUGAAGAACCCGCCCAAAGGCCUCACCUGGCGCCGAGGCUCCGCCCCCACCGGCCCCCCGCCGCCCUGCGUCCGUCAGCUGUUCCGGAGUCUGAGUCCGGACCUGAACACCGACAGACCGGCAGGGGAGGGGUCCUCCAAGGUCAAAGGUCACAGCAACGGCGGCGGCUUCCUCCUGAGCACGCUCAGUAGGGAUUCACCUCAGACUGACAUGGUCAGGAGGCGGGGCAGGACGUCCCCAGCGCCGUCCCCGUCCCUCGACAGCAGAUUUGAACGGGGGAGGGGCGGCAGGAAGACACGCCCCCCGACCUCCAAGAGACGAACCAGGGCUCAAGCCACACCCCCACAGCCCAGGAGGGAGGGGCUACGCAGGGCAGGACCCGCCCCCCUCUCCUCCAUCCCCCCCUCAUCCCGCAGGGGAAGGGGCCGGAGGGGACGCAGGUAGCAGGACACCUGUCCGGGUAACAGCCUCGCUCAUAAACACCAACGAUCUGCUGAUCAAUAACCCUGAUCGGUCUGAUCAACGAGGCUGCUGGACUACAUGUACGGAAACUACAACAUCUGAAGUUUACAUCAGAGCCGUCAGAAAUCUGCUUUUUUAUUUUUAUAAAGUCUGAUUUUUAAAACGCAACAGUUCAGGUUCCAUUCGGCAGAAAAGACACAUUUUAAAACCUGACUAAUAAUUUUAGAUAAAUUUAACCAAAUGUUCAAACUUUUCAGGUCAUUUUCUCCCAAGUUUCUUGAUCGUGUUAUUCAGAGGACCCAGAAUAGAACCCUAUGGAACCCCAGAUCCACGUAGAACCAUAAUGAUGUUGGUGAGUCCUGACCUCAGACCAGAGGAGUCAGACUCAUCUCAGUCCAGUCUGAUCUCCAGUAAAACCAGUAAAACCACAGCCGAAGAACCUGGAAAUAACCGCAACUCCUAAUGGUUCCCAAUGUUCACAUUUCAGGAAUUGUCUUUUUACUAAACAUCACCAACUACCUGAAAUUUAUCAAGAAAAAUAAAUUCAGCUUCAGCAACAUUCAGCCUCAGUUUAUCAUUUCCAUAUUACAACUUCCAGAUCACAGUGUCGACAAAGGAACACGACAUUUAGUCAUCAGGAACUGAACCAGAGAGGAUUUACUGGAGGAUCAGAAUCACAAAAAAGACAAAAAAAGACAGAAAACAAAAACAAGACAUAGACUGACAAAAAAAAAAAAGGAUCGACACAAUCGAGACAAAAAACCCACAAAACGACAAAAACGAGACACAAAACUAAUAAAACACAAAAUGACAAAAAUAAGACAAAAGACACGAAACAAAAGAGACAAAAAAUUAGAUAAGUUAGAAAGCGACAAAAAAUGACAAACAAAAAACAACAAAAAAGUAGAUAAAAAACAAAAACAUGAGACAAACGACAAAAGGCAGACAAUAAAGACUAAAAAAACAAAAUGAGACACGAAACAACAAAAGUGAAAAACAAAAUGACAAAGACAAAAUAUAACAAAAAUGAGACACAGGACAAAAAAUUAGACAAAAAAGUUAUACAACAAAAAAAAUGGACAAAUGACAAAAAUGACAACAGCGAAUAAAGCAAAACAAAAUGACAAAAAUAAGCAAAAAAAACACAAGUGAGACAAAAAGGAAACACAAAAUGACAAAAACGAGAAACAAAACGAGACAAAAAAGUUACAAAGUGACAAAAAAAGGACAAACGACAAAAAAAUUGAAAAAAGUUACAAAGAGACAAAACUGGACAAACGACCAUGAGACAAAAAAAUACACAGAAUGGACAAAAAACAAGCGAGACACAAAACGACAAAAAAGUAGACAAAAAAUAUAAAACGACAAAAACACGAGACAAAUGACAAGUCUAACAAAAUAAAAGACAAGAAAACAAAAAACGACAAAAUAUUACAAAAAUGAGACAAACGGCAUGAGAUAAGACAAAACAGACAAAAAAGUUACAAAAUGAUUUUAAAAAAUGGACAAACGUCAGACAAAAAAUAGAAAACAACAAAAACAAGACAAAAUAUGACAAAAAUGAGACAAAUUGACAAAGAACAAUGAACAAUCUAGUAUUUUACUUUAUGAUCAAAAUCACUUGUUAUGGUCUAGAAGUUAUUUUAAAUUUAUAGUUUUACUAAUUUACAAUCUGCAGUUAAUGUCUUCUCUGGAAUUUUUACACUUUGAGGGCCGGAUUGGACCCUCUGGAGGACCGCUUUUGGCCCACGGGCUGCAUGUUUGACUCCCCUGGUCUAGAUGGUCCUGGUUGGUUCUUCCAUGAUCUCUAAUAGUUGUGACCAACGAGCUGAUGAAGGUUCCUCUGGUCGAUCAAAAACACGUCCAGAGAACCAGUGAUUGGUUCUGGUCCUCCUAAACGUCAUGAAGUUCUGGUUCUCCAUUAGAGGAGAUAAAUCUGGACCCUCCUCUAAGGACGUGGAACAGUCUGAAUGUCUCCAACGUUUCGUUCCAGAUCAGUCUCAUCAAAGAGACGUUAUUUAUUGUCUCUAUUUUAUCACUCGUCAUGAAAGUGGAAUAAAAUCACAGGAUUCAGUUUAGUGUUUUAAACGUUGACCUGAUGAUGAUGGUGAUGAGGAUGAUGAUGGUGAUGAGGAUGGUGAUGGUGAUGAGGAUGGUGAUGAGGAUGAUGUGAUGAUGAGGAUGGUGAUGAUGAUGGUGAUAGUGGUGAUGGUCGUGAUGAUGGUGAUGAUGAUGAGGAUGGUGAUGAUGGUCGUGAUGAUGAUGGUGAUGAUGGUGGUGAUGAGGAUGAUGGAGAUUGGCAGCUGGACGUUUCUAUGGAAACCCACCUGUCUGUGCAGGUGCCUGUUUUAUAACUUUAUUUAAAUGCUCAAUAAACAGUUUUAUAACCUGAA